AUGCUGGGAGUUGUAGUCGGCCUUCCCAGGCCCCGCCCCCCGGAUGACGACACUUCUAGACCAGCCUCCCGAGCAUGGGGCGGACGUCAGCGCCUCUGUGACCGCCACGUCGCAGGCAUGGUGACUUCAGACACCACGGAUAUACUCUUCAGAAUAAGGGGAGGCCUUGAUCUAGCCUUCCAGCUGGCUGCUGCUAAUGAAGUUUUUAUCAAGAAAGCACUCAAUCAUGUGUUGAGUGACCUGUCCACCAGGCUUGCUUCGGACGCACUGGUGCUCAGAGUUCGCCACAGCUCAGUGUACGUGUGGCCGAACAGUGACCAAAACACGGUGCCAGGAGAACUGACUGAUGGUUCUGCUUGUAAGACCAUCAUGCGCUUUAUCCAAUUUGAACAGGAAGAAGAUACAAAACGAAAAUUCAUGAAAAAGAAAGACAAAAAGUUAUCCAACAUGAAUCAAAUAGUGAAUAUAGAUCUUAUGCUGGAAAUGUCAACCUCUCUGGCAGCCGUGACCCCCGUCAUCGAAAGAGAGAGCGCAGGACACCACUACGUCACGAUGACGCUGCCCGUGGACGCGGUCGUGUCGGUGGCCCCCGAGGAAGAAUGGGGAAAAGUUCGCAAGCUUCUAGUUGAUGCAAUUCAUAGUCAGCUCACCGACAUGGAAAAGUGCAUUCUGAAAUACAUGAAAGGAACCUCCAUCGUGGUCCCUGAGCCACUGCACUUUUUACUACCAGGGGAAAGGAGCCUUGUGACAGUUUCGUACCCAUCAGGGGUCCCAGACGGGCAGCUGCAGGCCUACAGAAGGGAACUACACGAUCUCUUCAACCUGCCGCACGACAGGCCUUAUUUCAGAAGGCCUAAUGCCCACCGCUUUGCAGAUGAGCCGCACAAAGACGGUUACAUUAGAAAUCCACACGUGUAUCUCAACCCACCUAACCUAGAGGCUGGUAUGGUUUACCUGGUCCAGGGCGUGUAUGGCUACCACCAUUACAUGCAGGACCGCACAGAUGACAGCGGCUGGGGCUGCGCCUACCGCUCCCUGCAGACCAUCUGCUCCUGGUUCAGACACCAGGGCUACACCGAAAAGCCCGUCCCCACGCACAGAGAGAUCCAGCAGGCUCUGGUGGACGCCGGGGAUAAGCCAGCCACCUUUGUGGGGUCUCGGCAGUGGAUUGGCUCCAUCGAGGUGCAGCUGGCCCUGAACCACCUCAUGGGUGUGACCUCCAAGAUACUGUUCGUCAGCCAAGGCUCCGACAUGGCCGCCCAAGGACGGGAGCUGGCUCGGCACUUCGAGAGUGAAGGCACCCCCGUGAUGAUCGGGGGCGGAGUCCUGGCCCACACUAUCCUGGGCGUUGCCUGGAAUGAGAAUACAGGGCAGAUAAAAUUUCUGAUUUUAGAUCCCCAUUAUACAGGCGCUGAGGAUCUGCAGGUUAUUUUGGAAAAGGGCUGGUGUGGAUGGAAGGGCCCGGACUUCUGGAACAAGGAUGCUUACUAUAAUCUAUGUCUUCCUCAGCGACCGAAUGUUAUUUAAAAUGUCUUGGACUCAAAGACUGCAGUAGAGUUUAUUAUAAAUGUGUUAAUAAAAAAAUAAGUUUAAUUUUCCAAUUAAA